UAUGCUUGACUGAUUUUUGGUCUGUUAAUUUGGAAACUUUGGCACCUUCUCUGAAAUGACUUAUAGAGAGUAGAGAUUAGGCUAUCUAGAAAAACUAGGGUAUACAUUCCUAACUUGUUUAGUACGUCAAAAUCUCUUCGGAGACUAAGUCUAUCUUUACACAUCCAUACAUGUAAUUGUCUUGUGGGUCUGGAUUUGACUCAAAUUUUCCACCCCGUGGUUGUUGGAGAAACUCUUUGGCCAUUUUGUGUUUGUUGAAUUGUUGCACAUUGAUUUUUUCUGUCUUUUCAUCCUGUAUAGUUUCUCAAGAGAUUAGCAGACAUCUACAAGUCAUUCAAAUGAAAACCUUUGAUUAUUCCAAGUGAAAGGUCUCCUCUGUGAGGUCUUUUGAUAUUGAACGUACAAGUAGAAAAGCCAACCAUAUAUGAUAGAGGCACUGCAUGCUACUCUAGGAUGUUAUAACAGGGGAGGAGUUGUUUUUAUUGUUAAACUCUAAGAAACUUUGCUCGUAAUGUACGUUCAUCGUUUCGCUGGACUUUGAAAGGUUGCUUUCUUGGGUUGUACCAUUUUUGCUUGACCUGCUUGGCUGCUUGACUUCCAAAAUUCCCUCAUUUUUUUCUGAUCCAAGUGAAAAAAGUUGGAUAGGAUUAAUUUUCCACAAAAAUCAAUAAUUUCAGAGAGGAUAGGAUUAUAAAUAAUUAUAUACAUACGAGUUUUCAAUUUUGAGUAGAAACCCAACAAUAACAUACUAUGUAUACGAUUAUAUGUUAGGAAAUACCAUAUAUUAACAUGUACUACAUAUGUGUGUUGGAUUAAAUGUCUCAUAAUUGAAAAUAUGUACUACCUCCGUUGCUAUAUGUUGCAUGUGGUGAUAAACUCAUAUUACCUUUGUUUCUAAAUAGUUGCACCAUUUUACUUUUGACACUAUUCACUUAUCGUACUUUGACCACUAUCUUCUACUAAUAAAUAAAGGCAAAUAUUAUUAUGUAAAAUGUUAUUAGGUUGGUUAAUAUUUGAUUUGUCCCAAAUAUUAACUCGGUUUGUUUAUAAUAAAAUGCAAAGAGAAACAAUAAUAAUAAUUAAUUAUUACUGCCUUAACAAUCUUGGGCGUCACGUUGAAUAUUCAAUUUAACAAGGGUUGAAGAAGACAAUGCAUGCAACUCGGCGAUGGUGACCAACUGAUAACAGUUACCAAAAAAGAAAAUUAUCCCCCCACCCCACAGUGAGAUUGAGAGGUUGUCUAUAAAGUCUGACUAGGAGCUGUAUAAUUUUUCAUAACAAAAAAUCAUCAAGCAUAACAAAUGGGUAAAGUGCAAAUAUAUUAUUUGCUUACUAUUGUUCCCCUUUUUGUUUUGUUUAUUGAAAAUAUGAAGUUGUGUAGUUGUGGCAUGUACUCCAACAGCAGCCAUUUGCUGAAGUUGGGGUGUAAGCCUGCUGAAAGGAAGGCACUGCUCAACUUCAAGAGCAGUGUUACCUUCUAUGAUAAACAUGUUUCGUCUUCAUGGAAAGGCGAGGAUUGCUGUAGCUGGCGUAGGGUUAAGUGUAAUCCUACUACUGGCCACGUCGUCCAACUCCGUCUCCAUGGCAGCUGCCCAACAGAUACAUGUGAUAACUUGUUUGAAGCUAGAAAGAUGGAGUCGUCUUUGGUAUAUUUGUUGGAGUUGAACCAUCUUGAGCAUCUCGAUGUGAGCGGCAACGACUUCGGUAAUAGCAGUAUCCCGAAAUUUAUGGGUUCAAUGCAGGAACUCAGGUAUCUCAACCUCUCAUAUACGAGUAAUCCCCUUUAUGGAAAAGUUCCUAAUGAACUUGGUAAUCUCACUAACUUGCAAGUCCUCGAUCUAAAAUCUUACGAAACCUAUUUAUUUACAGAUAGUUUGAAAUGGUCUUCUAGUCUUCAGCAAUUGCGUUACCUAGAUUUAACUGGUACAAAUUUAAGUCAGGUCAAUAAUUCCUCUUUUAAGAGUCUUGGGUUUGUCUGACU